AUGUUCGCCGAGGUUGCUGCUACAAUAUGCCUCGUAUGGUUCAUCGCGGUGACACUCGUCUGUGCCAUCGGAUACACUCAACUGCGACGAUGGUACUCCGCUCCACCCGCCCGGGCAGUCUGCGAGACCAGCCUCCCCGAUGAAGAAGUCCCGCAAGUUACCGUCAUCCGCCCAGUCAAGGGCUUAGAGCCCUCCCUCUACGAAUGCCUGGCCUCGACUUUCCGUCAAACUUACCCUCGAGCCAAGCUGAUGGUCUGCUUCUGCAUCUCCUCUCGCGACGAUCCCGCCUUCCCGAUCCUCGAGCGCGUGCUCGCCGACUUCCCGACCUUCGAUGCAAAGCUCCUCGUUGAGGCCGACGACCCUGCGCUUCAACAUGAGGAUGGCGGAGACGAGAGUUUGGGUCCUAAUCCGAAGAUCCGCAACAUGAGUCGAGCGUACAGAGAAGCCAAGGGAGACAUUGUGUGGAUCAUCGACUGCAAUGUCUGGGUCGCUAAAGGCGUGUGCGGAAGAAUGGUGGGCGCACUAUGCGGCUACGGCAGCAGCAGGAUGAAGAACAAAUUCGUACACCAGCUACCGCUCGUUGUAGACACCGUCGGCAGCCCGGCUGGAGCAGAGAUUCAAAGCCUACUGAACAACGACGGAAAUGAGGAUGUGCGCGUCAGUUCGACCAGCACCGCAUCCCACGCCCUCCACACCACCCAUCACGCAUCAACCGGCCUACCCCAAAUAUGGCACAUAGGCGGCGGCCGCCUCGAAGAGCUCUUCAUGUCCUCCUCCCACGCCAAGUUUUACACCGCCAUCAACACCGUCCUCCUCGCCCCCUGCAUCGUGGGCAAAUCGACCAUGUUCCGACGCUCCCACCUCGAUAGCCUGACCAAAGGCCAGGGCAUAGACUUCUUCAGCCACAACAUCUGCGAGGACCACCUCAUCGGCGACUUGCUGUGGAAGCAGCAGGUACCUGAAGAGAAGCAGGGCGAGAUAUGGGGCAAGCACGCCAUGGUAUUUGGAGACCUCGCCGUACAGCCGAUGGCGGAGAUGAGCGUGGGGGAGUACGCUGCCCGGCGCAUCAGGUGGCUGAGGGUGAGGAAGUUUACUGUCACGCUGGCGACACUCGUGGAGGCAGGGACGGAGAGUUUUCUGUGCUCGGCCCAUGGUGCGUUUGCAGUCACAACGCUGCCGUGGUUUCAUCGGACACUGGGCGUGCCGCAGACGUGGACGGCUUUGUGGCUGGUGUGGCUGCUGUUUGUGAGUAUAUGGGCGGCGGUCGACUGGACGCUUUACAGGAAACUUCACUCGGCAGCUUCGAUCGAGGUGGAUGAGGACACGCCUUCGUUCGCCCGGCCGCCCACCCGCAGGACUAGAAGGCCGUUCAAGGAGUGGCUAGUCGCGUGGCUAGGCAGAGAAAUGAUGGCGUUUCCGAUAUGGGCUUGGGCGGUAUUCGGAGGUGUUACGGUUACCUGGAGGGGAAGGAGGUUCUGGGUUGGUACGGACAUGAGGGUUCAUGAGGUGAAGCUCCGAAAUACAGAGGAAGAACAGGACAUGAAUGGGCACGUGGUGGUUCAUGGAGUGAAAGCUAGAAGCGAUUAA